AAGAACAAAAUACAACAAAACGUGUCUGGUCUGUCUGUCCUAGUCAAAAUAGUCAAAAAGUCAAUCGAAAGUUUUUUUUUAUUUUUCGAUCUGCCAAAAUGGUUUUCUACUUUAAAAGCAACAUUAUCCAGCCGCCGGCCACUUUGUACAUGGGCCGCGACAAGCACGAGAACGAGGAGCUCAUACGCUGGGGCUGGCCGGAGGAUGUGUGGUUCCAUGUAAACAAUCUGUCGUCGGCGCACGUUUACCUGCGCCUGAAGCCGGGCCAGACCAUUGAUGACAUACCAAGCGAUGUGCUGGUGGAUGCCGCCCAGCUGUGCAAGGCCAAUAGCAUCCAGGGCAACAAGGUAAACAAUCUGGAGGUUGUCUACACCAUGUGGGAGAACCUGAAGAAGACCCCGGACAUGGAGCCGGGUCAGGUGGCCUAUCACGAUGAGGGUGCUGUGCGCAAGAUUCGCCUGGAGAAGCGGGUCAAUGAGAUUGUGAACCGCCUGAACCGCACCAAGACGGAGGAGGAGCAUCCCGACUUUCGUGGCCAGCGCGAGGCUCGUGAUGUGGCUGCGCGCAACGAUCAGAAGAAGAUGCUUCGCGUUAAGCGCGAACAGGAGAAGGAAGCGGCCAAGCAGCGCGAACUGGAGGCCGAGCUUCGCAGCUAUGCCUCGCUCCAGAAGUCGGAGAAUAUGCGCACAAACUACGAUGCCGGCAACGAGUCGGACGACUUUAUGUAGUAUCAAUUGCAUUUGGAUUUACAUAUAAGCUAUGAUUAUCAUCAUAUGAGAAUCAUAAUACAUUUU